AUGGGGAAUAAGAAGAAGAAAAGAAAGCAAAGACCUAGAGAUCGUGAAGGUGGGAAAGAAGAUGAUGAUGGUGGAGAUAAUGAUGAUGAUGUUAUUGAUAAUCCAUUAUUUUUGACAUGGAGAAAAGAAGAGAUUGGGAAAAGUAGGGAAGCUCUCAAAGAAUUAGGGAUAAAGAAAGAACUUUGGCUUAAACACAAUUCUAAAGGAGAGCUAUUAAUGCCAGAUGCUUCAUAUUCCAUGAGUCCAAAAGAAAUAGAUAGGUUCUUAAAAGCUGUGCACAAAAUUAGGGUCCCUGAUGGAUAUAGUUCUGACCUCUCUAAAUGUGUGAACUUCCAGAAAAGAAAGUUGGUCAAUCUUAAGACUCAUGACAACCAUGUCUUUAUGCAAGAUAUCCUUGUUGCUUUAAGAGCUUCAAACUCGACCAAAGUGAUUGAUUUGCUCGCUAACCUAUCUUCCUUCUUCAAAUCUUUGUGCUCCACAACUCUACAUUUGAGUGAGUUGAAUUCUCUUGAAGAAAGGAUUAUUUUAAUCCAAAGUAUGGUUCAUUUACUGAUUCACUUAGUGGAGGAGGUUAGGCUUGGUGGACCGGUACAAUAUAGAUGGAUCCAAUUGAGAGAUGAUAAUGGAAAUCGAGGCAUCGCUUAUGGUACAAUUCAACACCAUGUUGUAUGGAAUGACACAAAUUUAAGAUACAUUGUCAACUUCAAUACUAUGAAUCAACCAAUUGGUAAAGGUGGUAAUGUACUUAUGAAUCUUUGGGAAUAUUGUGAAAAGGGAUACAUAUUGUCCUAUCGAAUUGAAGAAUUGGCAUGAGCUGAGAAACUCUUCCAAAGCUGAAAUUCUUAAACUUGUUAGGGUAGGUGGUAGCUUGUUGUCAACUAAGAUUAUUUUUGUUAUAAUUUUUUUAUAAAUAUGAUAAUUUUUUUAUUUUCUUUCUAGCAACAGUUUCUCCUACCUGAUAGGGCGGCAUAUGAUUCUGCUGUUUAAAAAAGAGUUGGUAAAGUAUGGAGGCAACAUAGAUAUAGCCUCAAGAGGAAUCAUUUUGAUCAAACACUAUCAAAAGAAGAGAUUUAUGCAAAAUGUCUUAUCAGAAUGAAUAGACUCAGCCUGGAAGCAUUGGUUGAUUACGAAACUAUAUUUAAUUUAUUUUUUUUUUGACAUCAUAUGUUUGAGAAAUCCAAUUGCAGCUAACAUUAUUUUUUUGUUGAAUUAGAAAUACUCAAAAAUUGGUAAACAAGCAUGCGUGUCCCAUGCUCAUUCACACACUAGUGGUACUACAAGCUUUGCUAAUCGGAGAGUUGUCUUUGUAUGAGUUUUUUUCUUAAAGUAGCCAUUAGAAUAAAUUUGUUUUAUUCUACUGAGUGUUUUUAAGGAGGACUUAUCUAUAUUUGUAGGAAAAAUCAAAAUAAACUAUUAGUGAGUUGAAAUUUUACGAAACCGUUUAUACGAAGAAUGAUGAGAGCUUCAAAGAGGGAACAAUUUCUGGACAAUUUAUGGUGUACAAAGCAAUCAUAUUAUAUUUCAUCAAUGGAAAGUUUUAUUUAAAUGUCGUUAUAUGAUGAGAAACCUUCAAUCUUUACUCAUAUUUUUUGCAGAAGGCAAAGGCUAAGGUUGAUGAACAACUUGCUUCUUCUUCCAAGUCUCAAGUGGAGAUUGAAAACUCCAUUUUCAAUGACCUUAUGUAUGAAGUUAUGCAGAAGUUACUUCUGGUUAUGCAGAAGUUCUAAAGGCCAUUCGCAAUGGAAAUGUUUCAUCAGAAAUAUUGGAUCUUGCAGAAGCAACACUAAACAUUAUUAAUCAUGAGGAAUAUGAUCAUAGUACAUAGAGGUAUAUAGCAACGUCAAUUGAUUCGAGAUAGCUAGGCGUUCUACACACGACAUUGCAAGUCAAUUAUACUUGAGCAUCAUCGGUCAUCCUAAGUGCGGAAACAUUAUUAUUGUCGUUGAUAUUUUAACUUUAAAUAGAAAUUCUUUAAAAGUUGUUUGGUAUUUUGUAAUAAUAUUUUUACAAUUAUAAUAGAUUCUUGAUGUUUAAAUUAUUUCUUAAUUUUAAUGGUUUUACACUAUUAUUGGUGAAUUUAAAAGAAAUAUGUAAUUGAAUAAAGAUGUCACAAACUAUAGAUAAUGGCAUCAAAAAGCGUCACUAAUAUAAAUAGUGACUGAAUAUAUUGCCUUAAAUAUGUCUUAUAAAGACAUAGCUACACUACAAGUGUCACUAAUUGACACAUAGUGACAUUACAAGUGUCGCUACUUGACAACUAUCGACAUUUAAAAGCAUCGUAAAACUAUAAUUGUCAGAAAGAGAAACAAAAAUGACAUCUAAAAGCGUCCUAAUUGGUGAGAUUUUCAAUAUAUCGAGUUGUCGCUAAAUAACGAACAUUAAUAUAUCGACGCUUGUGGAAGUGUCGCUAAAUAACGACUUUCAAUAUAUCGACGCUUCUGUAUGUGUCGCUAAAUAACGACUUUGAAUAUAUCGACGCUUUUUCGAAUUGUCGCUAAAUAACGACUUUGAAUAUAUCGACGCUUUGUUGAAGUGUCGCUAAGUUAUAUUACGUCGCUUAGUGUUAAAAAACGUCACAAAAUGUAUAUAUUUUUUUAAAACCAUAAUAAUUUCAAACUUUAAGAAAUAAAACAGUGGUUUUUUUGUGAAUUCAAAUAAAAUAUAUGCUUUUAUAUGAAAUUGACAAAUAAUGUACUGAUAUAUUUCACAAAUGAAUACAUAUAUACAACAAUGAUGUUUACAAUAGAAGAGAUAAAUUCAAUAUAAAAAAAUUUAUUUCGUACAGGAGACCAUCAUCAUUCAUCAUAUUCAUACCAU